AUGCCACCGAAGGUUUCCAGCAAAGGAGCUAAGAAAGCCGUGAAGAGUCAGAAGCUUGGACGUCAAGGUGAUAAGAAGAAGAAUCGCAGAAAGGAGAGCUAUUCGGUCUACAUCUACCGCGUGCUGAAGCAGGUCCAUCCCGAUACUGGCGUCUCUUCAAGGGCAAUGUCGAUUAUGAAUUCGUUUGUCAACGACGUCUUUGAGCGUAUUGCUGCUGAAGCUUCCCGUCUAGCCCACUACAACAAACGUUCUACCAUUUCAUCUCGUGAAAUUCAAACUGCUGUUCGUCUGAUUUUGCCUGGUGAACUCGCUAAGCAUGCUGUUUCUGAAGGUACGAAAGCUGUGACAAAAUACACUUCUAGCAAAUAA